CUUACUCUGGACCCGAUCGAUCAAUUUCAAAUUACUAGUUUGAAAUCGGUUUCAGCGCGUUUAGCAUUAUCGAAUAUACACCUCGAACGAAAAUUGAAAUAUUCGUAAGCAGAGGCGCGAAUUCGUCGCUGCUCUAAGAUACUGUGCAUUUCGGUACAUAGUGUUGGACAAAAAUAAACUGUGUAAACAACAUGGUUCUACGUUUGUGCGUAAGCAGCAACAACCGUGGCGAUAACAUUCUCAUGUAAAAUAGAACUGAAAAUCCACGUGAUGUCAUUUGACCCUGCGUCGUGAAGGAAGGAAUCGUACCGCUGUGAAAUAUCAUAUUGGUGAUACAUCAAUCGCCAUUCGUGUACAGUAACUGUGAAUCUCGCUCUUUUUUAUUUCCCGUAGACAGAAAAACGAUUACAAAUGGCACAGGACUUAAGAGAAGGGCUCCUAUUGGGAUUGGGCAAUCCCCUUCUCGACAUUUCAGCAACUGUAGAUAAUGAUUUUUUAAAGAAAUAUGAUUUAAAAUCAAAUAAUGCGAUUCUCGCGGAAGAGAAACACAAACCCAUGUACGAAGAAUUAAUAGAAAAAUACAAAGCAGACUUUAUCGCUGGUGGUUCUGUACAGAACACUAUGAGAGUAGCGCAAUGGUUUCUGGAUAAACCAAAGAUUGCAACUUACAUGGGUUGCGUGGGAACGGACAAGUAUUCGAGAAUUUUAGAGGACAGAGCACAGGCGGAUGGCUUGAACGUACGCUAUCAAUACACCGAUAAAGAAAGUACAGGUACCUGUGCGGUUCUCAUUACUGGAAACGAGAGAUCUUUGUGCGCUAAUUUAGCAGCUGCCAAUUGUUUUUUACCUUCUCAUAUAGAAGAAAUAGAAAAUAAGAAACUGAUAGACGCGGCUGAAUAUAUUUAUCUCUCUGGAUUCUUCUUAACCGUGACUCCAGAAACGAUCCAAGCGGUAGCACAGCAUGCUUAUGAGAACAAUAAAAUGUUUAUAAUGAAUCUCGGUGCUCCAUUUUUAUGCGAAUUCUAUAAGGAACCUAUGCUGGCAGCUCUUCCAUACGUUGAUAUUUUAUUUGGCAAUGAAACAGAGGCAGAGACCUUUGCGAAAGUGAAUAAUUUUCAGACUAUGGACAGGAAAGAAAUUGCAUUGAAAUUGUGCAAAAUGGAGAAAGUUAAUAAACGAAGGGAAAGAAUUAUUGUGAUAACGCAGGGUGCUGAUAACGUGUUAUUGGCCAAAGACAAUAGCGUAACAGAGUUUCCCACUACUAGGCUUCCACCGGAAAAGGUUGUGGAUACAAAUUGUGCAGGAGAUGCUUUUGUAGGAGGUUUUUUGGCACAACUUAUACAAGGUAAAAACAUAGAUAUUUGUAUAAAAUGUGGCAUAUGGGCUGCAACUGAAAUUAUACAAAGAUCCGGAUGUACUUACGAAGGGAAACCUAAUUUUACUCCUUGAUAAUUCUUAAUCGUUUGAUAAUUGUGUGAAUUGUGUACUUAAUAAACGGAUUUAUUAAUUUUUAA